UUGGGAAAGGGGCGUGGCUCCAAGUUGUGUGCAGCUGCUCUCCAUAGUUGUCACUUGUCAAGCGGCCCCCGCUCGCUGGCCUCCCAAUUUGUCUCCCCUGGACACACCCAAAGAGCUCCGAACCUCCUCGGAAUCGACCUUUUCCUCCACUUUCGUUUCCCGGAGCCUUCACAGGGGCCAUGGCCUUCCUCGGGAGUGCGGUUCGACGCUUGGGGUCAGCGGUGCGUCGCCCUCUCACCGCCCCGCUCUGCCGAGCAAGUUGUCGGACUUACAGCUCGGAGCCCACCACGGAGAAGAGCGUCCCUUAUGAGAAGACCCUCAAACAGGACGCCGCGGCCGCAUCUGGGCCGACUAAACCUUUACCGAGGUCAGCAGACGUGGUGGUGAUCGGGGGAGGCAGUCUGGGCUGUCAGACCGUCUAUCACCUCGCUAAAAUGGGCCUGACCAACGUGGUUCUGCUGGAGAGAGACCGACUGACCGCUGGCACCACCUGGCACACAGCAGGGCUCCUGUGGCAGCUCCGCCCGAGCGACGUUGAGGUGGAGCUCCUGGCCCACACACGGAACGUGAUCAGCAAAGAGCUCCAGGAGGAGACGGGCCUCCACACCGGCUGGAUCCAGAACGGAGGACUCUUCAUCGCCUCCAACAAGCAGCGGCUGGACGAGUACAAGCGCCUCAUGUCGCUGGGUAAAGUUUACGGCAUAGAGUCCCAUGUGCUCUCGCCUGCCGAAACAAAGGACCUCUAUCCUCUGAUGAAUGUUGACGACCUUUACGGGACACUUUAUGUGCCCAAGGAUGGCACCAUGGACCCCGCAGGCACCUGCACUACACUGAGCCGAGCGGCCUCUGCUAGGGGAGCCACGGUGAUUGAGAACUGCCCUGUAACUGGUAUCAAAGUGCGGGUCGACGACCUCGGCGUGAAGAGGGUGAAGGCAGUGGAGACCCCUCACGGCACCAUCGAGGCACCGUGUGUGGUGAACUGUGCAGGAGUGUGGGCCACCAAGUUGGGGGAAAUGGCUGGAGUGAAGGUGCCCCUCAUUGCCAUGCAUCACGCCUACGUGGUGACCGAGAGGAUUGAAGGCAUUCAGAAUAUGCCAAAUGUAAGAGACCAUGAUGCAUCAGUGUACCUGCGUCUCCAAGGUGACGCCCUGUCCGUGGGUGGCUACGAACAAAAUCCCAUCUUCUGGGAUGAGGUUUCUGAUAAGUUUGCCUUCAGCCUGUUUGACUUGGACUGGGAUGUAUUCAUGCAACAUAUCGAGGGGGCAAUCAACAGGGUUCCUGUUCUUGAGCAGACUGGUAUUAAAUCCACCGUCUGUGGACCAGAAUCCUUCACAGCGGACCAUAAGCCGCUGAUGGGAGAGGCCCCGGAGGUCAGAGGUUUCUUCUUGGGCUGUGGCUUCAACAGUGCUGGUAUGAUGCUGGGAGGUGGCUGUGGUCGAGAGCUGGCUCAUUGGAUUAUCCACGGCCGCCCUGAGAAGGACAUGUACGGAUACGACAUCAGGCGUUUCCAUAACUCGCUGACGGACAAUCAACGCUGGAUCAGAGAGCGGAGCCACGAGUCUUACGCCAAGAAUUACUCUGUGGUGUUCCCCUUUGAUGAGCCGCUGGCGAGCAGGAACAUGAGGAAGGAUCCCUUCCACCAGGUGCUGACAGAGCAGGGCUGUGUGUUCCAGGAGAGACAUGGCUGGGAGAGACCGGGCUGGUUCACAAAGGAUGGACAAGCUCCUGUUAAAGACUAUGAUUACUACGGAGCUUACGACGUCAAGAAGAACCAGCAGUACAAAUACAAUGAGCUUCUUGGCAAAGAAUACACCUUUGACUUCCCACCGCAUCACGACGUGAUAAAGCAGGAGUGCCUGUCAUGUAGGCACGGCGUUGCCGUGUUUGACAUGUCCUACUUUGGAAAGUUCUAUCUCACCGGGCCAGAUGCCAGGAGAGCAGCCGAUUGGCUGUUCACCGCCGAUGUCAAUAAGAAGCCAGGUUCCACUGUGUACACCUGCAUGCUAAAUACUAGAGGUGGGACAGAAGCUGACCUGACAGUCAGUAGACUGGAGUCCGGCGCUGCCAACCUCCCGCUGUCGCCCGUGUCCAAUGGUGACGCAUACUACUUGGCCAUCGGAGGUGGUGUUGCCGAGCACAACUGGAACCACAUUCGAACGGUUCUCCAGGACCAGGGCUUCUGUUGCCAGCUAACAGAUCACUCAGAGGACAUGGGCAUGAUCAGCAUCCAAGGACCCAAGAGUCGGGAGGUUCUCCAAGAGGUGUUGGACACUGACCUCAGCAAUGAAGCUUUCCCUUUCUCCACCCACAAAGUCGUCAGCGCGGCCGGCCAUCAGGUGCGAGCGAUGCGUCUGUCCUUUGUCGGGGAGCUAGGCUGGGAGCUGCAUAUUCCCAAAGAGUCGUGCCUUCCUGUCUAUCACGCCGUCAUGGCCGCCGGCGCCAAGCACGGCAUCAUCAAUUCGGGCUACAGGGCCAUUGACUCACUCAGCAUAGAGAAAGGGUAUCGCCACUGGCACGCAGACCUUCGCCCGGACGACACGCCCCUGGAGGCGGGGCUAGCCUUCACCUGCAAGUUGAAGGGCUCCAUCCCUUUCCAAGGUCGACAUCGGCUGGAAAAGCAGAAGGAGGAGGGCCUGAGGAGACGCAUCGUCUCCUUCACCAUCAAUGAGAAAGUACCAAUGUUUGGCCUGGAGGCAAUCUUCCGUAAUGGCGUCCCCGUUGGUCACCUCCGGCGCUCUGACUAUGGAUUCUAUAUUGACAAGACAAUCGGUUACGGAUACAUCCGUAAUCCUGACGGAGGAGUGGUGAGUGCCGAUUUCAUCAAGCGCGGCGAGUUCACCCUGGAGAGGAUGGGAGUUGAGUACAAGGCCAAGGCCCACCUCCGAUCUCCAUUUGACCCCGAGAACAAGCGAGUGAAGGGCAUCUACGAUUGACACCGGACCUCAGUGGAAUGAAAACCUCCUCCUCACUUGGGCCUGAGAUCAGCCUCGGAUGUUUGGCAUUCAGGUGCAAGAUUUCAGUCGUCUCGGUCAAAUCCAGAACUGACUGGAUGGGGAUUUGAUGGACUUGAUAUUAAUUUAUAAAAAGAGAGAGGCUGAUUUUGUAGUUAAUUUAGUUUGAAUGCGAUAUCGCUGAAGGUGCUUUCUGCUGUUUGUUUCAUGUUUUGUUUCACAAGUUUAAUCGUGAGUCGUUUACUCGCUGAUUUAACUUCACUAAACAUUUAAAAAUCAGCAAGCUUUUGCAGAAUUGAGUCAAAUAAAUAAACAGCACAUGA